CAAAUAAAAUCCAAAAUUGAAGUGAUUGAAACAGAAUUAGUUUCUUUCGUCUUAAAUGGCAUAGUCAUAUGAAAAAACGCAUUAAGAUUAAGAUAAAACUCGAAGCAUUUUUCCUCAGCGCACCCCUUCAUCGUAGGCUGUUGCCAUGUUCCCAUUUUCAUGGGUGUGGUGAUUAGAUUGCUUGGUGAAAUUGUUUUCUGGUCAAUUCUUCCUUGACUUGUGUGAGCGACAGAUCAAGGUCUGUUUUUGCGCUAGAUAUUACAGCUAUCGCUAUAUCUCGUAUUAAAAACUGCGCCAUUAUGAACAUCUGAGAAGCGGUUCGAUAAAGGGAUCGGAACGACGGAGCGCGUGAGCGUGAUUCAGGUGUCAGCUGGCAUAAGUGCGCGCUGGUUGUGAGAAAAGUUUGCGAGAGUGUGUGUGUGCGCAUGUGUGUGUAUGAGUGUGUUCUUUUUCUUCCUGAGCCAAGCCAGAAUUCCCUAGCAGAGUGACGCCCGAACACAUCACUGAGGCAACAUGAGCGAGCUGGAACAGUUACGGCAGGAAGCCGAGCAACUACGCAAUCAGAUCCGGGAUGCAAGGAAAGCCUGCAGUGACUCUACCUUGUCACAGAUCACAGCUGGUCUAGACUCGGUGGGCCGGAUACAGAUGAGGACCCGUCGAACGCUCAGGGGCCACCUGGCUAAGAUCUAUGCAAUGCACUGGGGAAGCGACUCCAGGUUACUGGUAAGUGCAUCCCAGGAUGGAAAGCUCAUCAUUUGGGACAGCUACACAACAAACAAGAUGCACGCCAUCCCGCUGCGUUCUUCCUGGGUGAUGACGUGCGCCUACGCCCCCUCGGGAAACUAUGUUGCGUGCGGAGGGCUGGACAACAUCUGCUCCAUCUACAGCCUGAAGACCCGGGAGGGCAACGUGCGGGUCACCCGAGAGCUGCCCGGACACACAGGGUACCUGUCCUGCUGCCGUUUCCUGGAUGACAACCAGAUUGUGACCAGCUCUGGAGACACCACCUGUGCAUUGUGGGACAUCGAGACGGGCCAGCAGGCGACCGUCUUCACGGGCCACACGGGGGACGUGAUGAGCCUGUCCCUGAGCCCCGACUUCAGGACCUUCGUGUCGGGGGCGUGCGACGCGUCCUCCAAGCUGUGGGACGUCCGGGACGGCAUGUGCAGGCAGUCCUUCACCGGCCACGUGUCCGACAUCAACGCCGUCUGCUUCUUCCCCAACGGGAACGCCUUCUGCACGGGCUCGGACGACGCCACCUGCCGGCUGUUUGACCUGCGCGCCGACCAGGAGCUGAUGAUGUACAGCCACGACAACAUCAUCUGCGGCAUCACCUCCGUGGCCUUCUCCAAGAGCGGCCGCCUGCUGCUCGCCGGCUACGACGACUUCAACUGCAACGUGUGGGACACGCUGAAGGCGGAGCGCGCAGGUGUGUUGGCCGGACACGACAACAGGGUGAGCUGUUUAGGUGUGACCGACGACGGCAUGGCGGUGGCCACCGGCUCCUGGGACAGUUUCCUCCGAAUCUGGAACUGAGACCGGAAAACAAAGAAGAAAACACACAUCCAUUCUCUCUUCCUCGCCUGUAAAUCGCUCCAUCCCGAC